AUAACGCGAGUGAGACAGCCCUCCUACCAGUCGCUCCUCCUCGCUCGUCAAGAAUCCUACACGCAGCUUCACCAAGAAUCCUACACGCAGCUUCACCAAGAGUGUGAAAAUGUCAGCAUCGGUUGUGUCAGGAAGGUUGUCAGGCGUGGCAGUGUUGUCACUGCUGGUGCUGCUGCUGCUGGCUCCCUCACCAGCACCAGCCAAGCCCUUCGACCUCUCACAGAUUGUGUCUGUACUCGCAGACCAUAUCUUCAAGCGGCUGUUUACAGUACGUGAGAUAGAGCUCCUGGGCCACUACUGUACUCUCAGAACGCAGCCUUACUUCAGUAGGUGGAGACUGCACCACAAGGCCUCCGUCACUUGCCCAGGAUGGACCACUGCUUUGGGGAGAGCUGAGGGGUUCUUGAGUCCCGUUACAUCUGAGAGGGAAGCCACUAGAGACAUAGUAAGAAAGCUAGUGGAAAAUGGCUUGGUAACCCGGAAAGAGGCUUCGCAUUGGCUCUAAGGACAUGGUGACCCAAGAGAAGGCUUUCCAGUGACACUGGGGACCUGGUGAUACAAGAGGAGGCUUCCCAGUGACACUGGGAACCUGGUGACACAAGAGGAAGCUUCCCAGUGACAAACUCACCCACAGGCCUUGCAGCUGUCAACAUUAUCAAGAGUCAAGGUCAGCCUUACUCAGACUGAAACAAAAUUUUAAUGAAAUUUACAUGAUUCUUUUAUUGUUUAUACAUUAUGAAACGUUAUUAAUUAUGUGGAAUAGUAUGGCACGAAAUACUAGUGAUAAUGUAGGCUAGGAACACAAAGAUAGUAGUUGACCUUGUCAUAUAACUGCAGGAUGUCUCUUAAUUCUGAAAGUUAAGGGUAAAAUAAGAACAGCAAACUCCAUUGUAAACCUCCGUUGUAUAAUGAAAUUUUUUGUAUAUGCGGCUUAUUGAUAAGUAAGACACAUGUAUCUUUAUUCCUAAACGUGUCACCUAAACAGCAGACUUUUUCAGUCGAGCACAGAGGAGGUAGCAGAAGGAGUCGAGAUAUAAUGAAGAUGUAAUCAGUCAAUCACCUGAAGAUAUAGUGUUGAGGUGGUCAGUCCUGCAGCCUGGAGAAGAAUAUUGCUCCAUAGUCUGGAACAAUGUGAAGAUAAAGCAACAAUAUAGAGAUGUUAUACUAUCAAAGGUGAGGCGCUGACUAGGCUAAGGAACUGACUACCUUAAAACUACGUCUUCAAGGGUGAUGGACUAAUUACAUCGUCUUUACAUUUACUGCUUCUGUUGCUGCCUCUGUACUCGACUAAAGAAGUUUACUGUGUAGGCGAAACGUUUUGGAAUAAAGUUACCUAACUGUUGGACAUGUGUCUCACUAUCAACUUGUCGGUAUUGUUUAUUGUUGAUAUAUGCGACUCAAAAAGCUCAUCCAAAUUUAAGUAACAAGUGAAAAAGCCAUCGUAGUACCUGGUGGUCAAUUCCGGAUGCCCUUUUUAACCUGCAUUGGCAAGAAAACGCAAUAAUAGCUUCAUAAGCGAGCGUAAUUACAUUGUCAUUGUUCGUAAUUACAUUAUUUCUGUACACAUACAACUUCACUUUAUAAACCAACACUGUAGUACGUAUUACCAUACCACACUCUCUCCCGUAUAUUAAACUGUUGCCAGUAUCUAAGUGAUUAACCUCUUAAGAUAUACCUGGUGUUUAAUUAACCUCUUAAUUAAGAUGUACCUGGUGUUUAAUUAACCUCUUAAGAUGUACCUGGUGUUUUAUUAAAUUUUGAAAAUAAUA